AUGAAGUCGCCUGCCAUAACCGAGGAGAUACAAAGUCUAAUGGGUAGAGUAGCAGCUCUCAACCGAUUCCUUUCAAAAUCAACCGACAAAUGUAGGUCAUUCUUCAAAGCCUUGAAGAAAGGGCAAAAGGGUAAGUGGGACGAAGAGUGCGAAGUAGCCUUUCAAAGCUUGAAAACCUAUCUCACUUCGCCUCCCCUGCUCUCAAAACCAAUACUAGGUGAAGGCUUGUUCAUCUACCUGGCAGUGUCCAACUCAGUUGUCAACUCAGCUCUCAUUCGAGAAGAGCUGAGGCCACAACAUCCGAUAUUUUACACUUCAAAAGCUCUUGUCGACGCAGAGACUCGCUUCCUAAAAAUGGAGAAGAUCAUUUUUUGGCUUGUGGUUUUCACGAGAAAACUAAGGCCCUACUAUCAAGCACACCAGAUAAUUGUCAUGACAAAAUUUCCUUUUAGAUUGAUCCUCCACAGCCCCGACGCUUCUCAGCGAAUCAUGAAAUGGGUUAUCUAA